AUGGUGUUACUUGUUUCUCCCAAAGUUCGAGGUCGAGGAUUAUUUUCCAUCCUUCGAUCCUGUCUCAGUCGACGUCGACACUUCCAUGAUUCUCAGCCCAGCAGCGCGGAGCAAACACAACAAGAGACAAAGACAAACUUGAAAGCGAUGGCCAUCGCCAUUCCAGAGAAACAUACGGCUCCAAACAGAGACACGCCAUGUACCAACUUGAACGACACAGACUCGAUCGUCAACCAGCUAGCCGUAUUAGCAGCUACCAUCAGAGCCCCACGCGAUGACACGAGAUCUAGCUCUAGCUCACCCUCCACAAAAACAACCAAAUCAGAAGCCAGACUUGAAAAGGAGCAGGAGAUUGGAGAAUCCUUCCUCUACCUCCGAAGCCUUAUCACAGUCUCCCAAACACCAGAACCGAAGCCGAAGCCGAAGUCAAAGCCAGAACCAGAACCAGAAGCAGCAUCAAAGACAGACUCAAAAUCAGACUCUCACCCACCUCUUCGUCGGAAACGCGCUUCUUCAAGAUUGAGUCUUCGUCUCGAGAUCCCACCACUACAAUUUACUCCCAAGAUCCCUAAGCCUAAGCCAAGCCCAAGAUACACGACCGUUCCCCCAAUUUAUGCCCCAAAGUCAAUCUCCAUCCGACCAGAGGUCCGCUUCUAG